GUUUCCUCCUCAGUCCACCAUGGUGGUGCUCCAGGCGCUCUCAGAGUAUCUGAUAAACAAGCCUCCUCCUGGUGACCUCAGUCUGGAUGUGGACGUCAGGUUGACAGGACGCAAGGAAAUCCGUUACCAUUUUAACCCCCAAACAGCCUACGCCGCUCGCUCCUCCAGGUUGCCGGAUAAUCUUGAUUUGGAAGUCGAGGCUCGGGGGAACGGAGAGGGGAUUCUGGAGGUUGUGACCUAUUACAACCAGCUGCAUGAGGUGGACGAUAAGAUGUCCUGCAAGGACUUUGAGCUCGUCGUCACUAUUGAAGAAUCCAGCGAAAAGCCUCCAGCUGAUGUAGAGAAAUCCUACCAGAUGAGCAUCAGCGUGAGGGCUUUGGGACCCACAGAUGUCCGGAUGGUGGUCCUGGACAUCAGCCUGCCGACCGGCUUCAGCCCAGAGACCUCCGACCUGGAGAAGCUUUCAAACUCAGUGGACCGUUACAUCAACUACUUCCAGGUGGUCGAUAACCUGAGUGACCGAGGCUCUCUGAUCCUCCACCUGUUCAAGGUGUCUCACAAAGAGCCAGACGUCCUGAUCUUCAGGCUGCAGCAGAGCUUCAGAGUGGGCCUCCUGCAGCCGUCCUCGGUCACCGUCUACGAGUAUUACAACCCAGAUCACCGCUGCAGUCACACCUACACCCCCAGGGAGGACCGAGAGGAGCUCUCUCAGAUCUGCAGGAACAACGGCUGCCGCUGCGCGCAGGGCGACUGCUGUGUCUCCAGGGGCGACAGUGAAAACGUGCCCCCCCAACAAAGAGAGACGUUUGCCUGCAAGACUUUGCACCACGUUUUCAAGGUGAAGGUGCUGAACGUCAGCCAGAGUUACUACGACAAAUAUGAGGUGGAGAUCACACAAGUGAUCAAACUGGGCAUAGAGGCAGGAGUUGAAGUGGGUCAGAGGAGGCUUUUCAUGUCUCAUGGAGGCUGCAGAGACGGACUGGUCCUGAACCAGGGCUCCCAGUACCUCAUCAUCGGGCCCACAGAGGACCAGUGGAACGCUGACGCUGACACCGGCAGAUCCGUCUACGUGUUGGGGAAGGACACCUGGGUGGAGCGCUGGCCAUCGCCCACAGAGUGCUCCAGCAGUGACGGCCUGCGAGAUAAAUGCCGGAGCCUGAAGGACGCGGCGACUGAGCUGUCCGUCAACGGCUGCCGGCUGUAGAGCCUCCUCAGUUCUCUCUUUGCAGAAGGGUUCACAACACAAAGAGAGUCAAGCUGUCCAGAUGCCUUUGAGCCACAUGUUACAUCGACAUGACCUGUGAAGGUCAAACCAGUAUUUCAUCCAUCUACUGGGUGCUAAAACAACCAUUCAUCCAUUUGGCCAAAGUGAAUGAAUGAAUAAAUGAACGCCUUAAUGUGUCUAUUGAU